CACUUCCGGUGCAAUUAGCUGUGGGAGCGGGCGGGAAGCGGCCGUGAGAGGGAGCGGGCCGGGCUGGGCACUCGCCAUGUGAGAGACCCCGACACUCCCAGAUUACGUUCUACAUCAAUAGAAAUGGACAGCAGCAGUUUCAUUCAGUUUGAUGUGCCCGAGUACAGCAACACUGUUCUGAGCCAAUUAAAUGAGCUUCGUCUGCAAGGGAAGCUAUGUGACAUAAUUGUGCAUAUUCAGGGUCAGCCAUUUAGAGCCCAUAAAGCUGUUCUAGCUGCCAGUUCUCCAUAUUUCCGUGAUCAUUCAGCAUUAAGCACCAUGAGUGGCUUAUCAAUAUCAGUUAUUAAAAACCCUAAUGUCUUUGAACAGUUACUUUCAUUUUGUUACACUGGAAGGAUGUCCUUGCAGCUGAAGGAUGUUGUUAGUUUUCUAACUGCAGCUAGCUUUCUACAGAUGCAGUGUGUCAUUGACAAGUGCACACAGAUAUUGGAGAGUAUCCAUUCAAAGAUCAGUGUUGGUGAUGUUGACUCUGUCACUGUUGGUGCUGAAGAAACUCAAGAAAGCCACAAUGGAGUAAAAGAUAGCAGCUACUUUGCCAAUCCUGUCGAAAUAUCUCCUCCUUAUUGCUCUCAGGUGCCACAACCAACUGUGGGUAGUGAUCUAAGGAUGGAAACUGCUACAGGGAAAAUUUUACGCAGUCGUCUGCAUGAAGAAGGGCACUCGGAUCGAGGAAGCAGUGGAAGUGUCUCUGAAUAUGAAAUUCAGAUUGAAGGUGAUCCUGAGCAAGGGGACCUGAUAGUAAGGGAGAGCCAGAUUGCAGAGGUGAAGGUUAAAAUGGAAAAAUCUGACCGGCCAAGUUGUUCUGAUAGCUCCUCACUUGGUGAUGAUGGAUACCAUACUGAAAUGGUUGAUGGAGAGCAAGUGGUUGCAGUAAAUGUUGGCUCCUAUGGAUCUGUAUUACAACAUGUUUAUUCAUUUUCCCAUGCCUCAUCCCAGUCUACUAACAUGUCUGAAACCUUUGGAAGCCUGAGCAAUUCAAGUCCUUCAAGGUCCAUGCUGAGUUGUUUCAGAGGAGGUCGUGGACGCCAAAAACGGGUAUCCUCUGGUCACUUACAUAGUGAUGUUCAGGGCUUAAUGCAAGGGGCUGAUGGUGAGACCAUAGUGAGUAACCCAGGAUAUGAAAGCAGUCCACGGGAAAGAAAUGCGAGAGGUCAUUGGUAUCCAUACAAUGAGAGGUUAAUUUGUAUUUACUGUGGAAAGUCUUUCAACCAGAAAGGGAGCCUUGAUCGACACAUGCGAUUACAUAUGGGAAUUACCCCUUUUGUGUGCAAGUUUUGUGGGAAGAAAUACACACGCAAGGACCAACUUGAGUAUCAUAUUCGUGGCCACACGGAUGAUAAACCCUUCCGCUGUGAGAUCUGUGGGAAAUGUUUUCCUUUCCAAGGGACGCUAAAUCAGCAUUUAAGAAAAAAUCACCCUGGGGUAGCAGAAGUAAGAAACAGGAUAGAAUCUCCAGAAAGAACAGAAGCAUUUCUUGAACAGAAAAUAGAUAAUGACACUUCAGCCUCUGAAGCUAUGGAUUCUAGUAUGGAAAUUCACACGUCUAACACACCUGAUUAAAAUACUAUGUUCUAAGUUCCACCCUAACAAAGCACAUUAAUGAAUGCAUUUUUAAAUUUGUUGCUUCGUUAAUAGUCUUCAGUACAGGUAUAUCAGCCUUUUAAUUUUCCUGACCUUUUGGAAAUCUGGUCAAAACAGUUUCUGAAGGAGGCUAUAUGAUUGUCCAUUGUUUCAAAGGAAGCUGGGUAUUUUUUGCUCUUGAAGAUGCUUAAAGUAUAAAGGAUAUAGUAUUCUAGGUGUCCAGAGGGGGAAGUAGGCUAAAAUUGUUCUUUGCUGGCUGAUCUGGCAAGAUACAAAUUCCACCAGGGAAGGAUAUUAAAAUAAGACGAGCAGCCCUGCUGGAUACACUAAGAGGGUAUAUAUUCUGUCAUUGUGCUUCCUAACUUCCAUUCCUAAUAAUGGGGGUUAUGCAGCACUAUGGGGAAAGACUGUUUUCUUAUGAGUCCCCUCCAGGUGUCAAAGAAACGUCUUUAGUUUUUGAAAUAGCUAUUUUUUGGUAGCUUGCAAUUUUAUAUAUGUAUAUAUAUAACAAACAUCUAAAUAACAAACACUUUCACUUUUCCUAUUCUGGUUGGGGUGAAUGUAAGAGUAUGUCAAAGUUAAUAUAAUGUACAAAGCUUUCUACUCUUAAGUCUCAUCUCUACCUAGGACUUAGGACUUUUCUGGGAUAUUUUUUCUUUUUUAAAGAAGAAAGUUACUUGGUAUUCAUUUUAUUAAAAUAUUACUUUGUGUCCAAAAGUGAGCAAAGUGAAUAACCUUGUUUAAGUAUCCUUCCUUUAUAGCAGAUAGGUAAACCAAAUGCCAUAAAUCUAUUAAUUAACUAUUAUUAUUAAACUAUUGAAUUGUUUGGGUUUUUGUUAGUUGUCUAGAGUACAAGCUGGACAACCUGUGGUGCUGACCUUUUUUAUAGAGCUUGUAUUGUUA